UGCGGGGUCUGGGGAGACCAGAUAUAGUGAAUGCAGGGUCCGGGGAGACCAGAUAUAGUGAAUGCAGGGGUCGGGGAGACCAGAUAUAGUGAAUGCAGGGUCCGGGGAGACCAGAUAUAGUGAAUGCGGGGUCCGGGGAGACCAGAUAUAGUGAAUGCGGGGUCCGGGGAGACCGGAUAUAGUGAAUGCAGGGUCUGGGGAGACCGGAUAUAGUGAAUGCAGGGUGCGGGGGAGACCGGAUAUAGUGAAUGCAGGGUCCGGGGGGAGACCAGAUAUAGUGAAUGCGGGGUCC